CCCAACAGGAUCCUCUAUGGAGAUUUCAAACAGAGAUAUCGCAUCUUGAAUCCUGCCGCCAUCCCUGACGGCCAGUUCAUUGACAGCAGGAAGGGAGCUGAGAAACUUCUUGGGUCUCUGGAUAUUGAUCACAAUCAGUACAAGUUUGGACAUACAAAGGUGUUCUUCAAGGCUGGUUUGCUGGGUCUACUUGAGGAGCUAAGAGACGAGCGCCUCUCCAAAAUCAUCACUGCUAUUCAAGCCAGAUCCCGUGGUCUGUUGUCUCGUAUUGAGUAUCAGAAGAUGGUGGAACGCAGAGAAGCAUUACUAGUGAUCCAAUGGAAUGUCCGUUCAUUCAUGGGGGUCAAGAAUUGGCCCUGGAUGAAGCUCUUCUUCAAGAUCAAACCUCUGUUGAGAUCUGCUGAAUCAGAAAAGGAGAUGGCCAACAUGAAGGAAGAAUUCCUGAAGCUGAAAGAGGCUUACGCAAAAUCUGAGGCUCGUAGAAAGGAACUCGAGGAGAAAAUGGUCUCUCUUCUUCAAGAGAAGAACGACUUGCAACUCCAAGUCCAAGCGGAGCAAGAUAAUCUUUGUGAUGCUGAGGAAAGAUGCGAGGGGCUGAUCAAAAGCAAGAUUCAGCUGGAGGGUAAAUCCAAAGAGCUGUCUGAGAGACUGGAGGAUGAGGAGGAGAUGAAUGCUGAACUGACUGCUAAGAAGAGGAAGCUGGAGGAUGAGUGCUCUGAGCUG